CUCCAUUCCUGCCCCCCCCUGGCGCGGGCAUGCCCCCCCCUCCGGGCUUGCUGUUCCCCCCGGGUCUCGCCCCAAACCCCCUCAUGCCCGACAACCUCUGGAUAGAGAACAAGACUCCAGAUGGCAAGGUGUACUACUAUAAUGCGCGUACGCGUGAGUCUGUGUGGGUGAAGCCAGAGGGGGUGAAGAUCCUUCAGCAGGCAGAGCUCACGCCACACAUGCCCCCCCAGCUGGGCCCUCAAGGGGCGGGACCAGCAGGAGUCUCCGCCCUCCCCAGCAGCACCAGCCAACCAGCUACAGCAGAAACAUCACAGAGCCCUCCCUCAUCUCCCUCAGCUGCUGAGCCCAUGGAUGUCCCCCCGGCGACCGCCCCCUCUACCGUUGCCAUGCCAACGCUGGUAUCCACGGUGACUGUGCCCACGGUGACAGCUGUGGUGUCGGGGGUGCCUCUGCCACCCCCCCUCGCCGCACCCCCACAUGCCACCAACAUGCCAUUCCCCCCCAUCAUGGUGCCCCCCUUUAGACUGCCCAUGCACAUCCCCCUGCCAGGCAUGAUUCCUGGCAUGGCUCCGCCCAUGGUUCCCAUGAUGCCUCACCCGGUGGCCAUGGCAACGCCAGGAGGGGGUGUGGCCAUGCCAGAGUGGGCGGAGUUUAAGACCCCAGACGGAAAGUCGUAUUAUCACAACAGCCGCACACGAGAAACAACCUGGGAGAAACCAGACGCACUCAAGGAGAAAGUGGAGAAGGAGGCGGAGGAGGAGAGCAGUGUAAGCGAUGGAGAGACCAUGGAGGUGGAGGAAGAGAAACCAAAACUGGAGCUGCUGCCAGAUACCAAAGAGGAGGUGAAGGAUGAGGAGCUGAGUGAGGAGGAGAAAGUGGCUCAGAAGGCCAAACCGGUGGCCUCCACCCCCAUCGCAGGAACCCCAUGGUGUGUGGUGUGGACAGGGGAUGAGCGCGUCUUCUUCUACAACCCCACUACGCGCAUGUCCAUGUGGGAUCGACCGAGCGAUCUGGUUGGUCGAGCUGAUGUGGACCGCUGCCUACAGGCCCCGCCCAACAAGGGCACACCCUCCGCUGAGGUCCCCAAGCCAGUGAUAAUGAUGAUGAAGAAGGAGGAGCCAGAGGCGGGGCCAGCGCAUGGCGAUGAUGACGACGAUGAUGAAGAUGACGACGACGAUGAAGAUGAGGAUGAUGGGCCAGUCAAAGCCAAGAAGAAAAAGUCGGAGGACCCUGCUAAGGACUUGGCCAUGGAGGCGGAGAUCAGAGCGGCUCGAGAGAGAGCCAUCGUCCCCACUGACCAGCGCAUGCAGCAGUUUAAAGACAUGCUGCUAGAGAGAGGGGUGUCAGCGUUCUCCACCUGGGAUAAGGAGCUUCACAAGAUCGUCUUUGACCCCCGAUACCUUUUACUGAACCCUAAAGAGAGGAAACAGGUGUUUGACCAGUACGUGAAGACGAGAGCGGAGGAGGAGAGGAAGGAGAAGAAAAAUAAACUCCUGCAGUCGCGAGAGGAUUUCAAGACCAUGAUGGAGGAUAAGGUCAACCUCAGGACUACGUUUAGUGAGUUUGCGGCGCGGCAUGCGAAGGACUCGCGCUUCAAGGCCAUCGAGAAGAUGAGGGAUCGAGAGACGCUCUUCACAGAACACAUGACCGCACUGCGCAAGAGGGAGAAGGAGGGAGGCAAGAGCCGACAGGACAAGGUGCGUGCGGACUUCUUCUCGUUGUGUGAGGAGCAGGGUGUGGAGGUGGGGCACCGCUGGACAAAGCUGAAGGACAAGAUGGAGGAAGACCCGCGCUGCAAAGCCGUCGACACACACGCACGAGAGGAACUAUUCAAAGCCUACACCGAGCAGCUCACCAAGAACCCGUCUUCCGAGCAGGCUCGUGCGGAGGCGCGUGCGGCGCGUGCGGAGGCCAGUCUGCGUGAGAGAGAGCGGGAGGUGCAGAAGGCCCGAAGCCAGCAGAGCAGAGAGAUCACACGGGAGAGAGAACAGCACAAGAGGGAGGAGGCCAUACAGAGCUUUAAAGCACUCAUGUCAGAUAUGGUGCGUUCGUCAGACGCGUCCUGGUCGGACACGCGGCGUGCGUUGCGUAAGGACCAUCGGUGGGAGUCGUCGUCUCUGCUGGAGCGCGAGGAGAAGGAGAGGCUGUUUAACGAGCACACUGAGGCCCUCGCCAAGAAGAAGAAGGAACUAUUCAGACAACUACUGGAUGACACACACUCCAUCACUCUGACAACUUCGUGGAAGGAAGUGAAGAAAGUCAUCAAGGAGGAUCCACGCUGCAUCAAGUUCUCCAGCAGCGACCGGAAGCGUCAGCGUGAGUUUGAGGACUACAUCAGGGAUAAGUAUGUGACGGCCAAAGCUGACUUCAGAUCGCUACUCAAGGAGACCAAGUUCAUCACGUACAAGUCCCGUAAGCUGCUUCAGGAGUCGGAUCAGCACCUGCGUGACGUGGAGAAGGUUCUGGAGAAGGACCGGCGCUACCUGGUGCUGGACUGCGU